UUAUAAUCGCAGCAUUCGCAGUGCAAAACUGCAAAAACAAAUUGUUUAAUUCAAAUAAUAAUUAGAUAUUUGAUCUUGUGUAUUUAAUAUUUAACUCCAAUAUGGAUCCCUUGUACAAUGAUAUAUGCUAUGGAUGCUUGAAUUCGGAACGAAAAAUAUCGAUUAUUAACGACGCUACUUUGAAGGAAUGUUUUUUAGAUAUUUUGAAGAAUCAGGAUACAAAAAUGAAGUUGAUACAGCUUUGCUUCGAAUGUGUAGCGAUAUUGGUUAAAAUUAAAAAGUUCAAACAGAAAGUUGUAUUUAGCGCACAGAAGAUUUUGAAUGAAUGUGUCAAGAAGAGUCUAUCACAAACAACAUUACAAUCAAAAGCAGUAUUUUCUAUAUCAAUCUCCAAUGAACCUAAAACAGAUACACACUAUGAAAUAAUAGAUACAAUAAAAGAUGAAAUUAAUGAUGAUGUUACAGACAUUACUGACAUUAAUAACAUUGAAGACAUUAACAUUAGAGACAUUAACAUUAAAGACAUUAACAUUAGAGACAUUAACAUUAAUGACACAGAAUAUAACGACAAUGAUUCCACAAAUGAAGCUGAAACAGAAACUCCUAUAGAUUGUAACGAUUCUAAAGAAAGUGACAUCUAUAAGGAGGUAAGGUUGAGUAAGAAAGAGAUGGCAGAAGAGCGGCAAUAUAUUAGAGCGAGUGAGGAAUAUGUAAAUGCAAUGUUUAAAUGUGAUCUAUGUGUAAUAACAUUCACAAAUAGAGACGAUUUAGACGAACAUACUAGUGGUAAACAUGAAACGAAAUCAAAAUACCAAUGCACAAUAUGUAAAUGUGCAUUCAAUUCGACGAUAUCGUUCAAAUAUCACAACAAGAGGCACAGACUGAGGUUCCAAUGUAGCGCUUGUGACAAACGUUUUGUGUACAAGAGAGAUGUGGUCAAACAUUAUAAUAUGAUGCAUUGUGUGGGAAUUGAACAGUAUUCACAUGAUAAUGAUGAAAAUAACUUGAUUGUACAAACAGAGAGUGUUUCUGAAGUCAGUACAAAAUCAGAAAUAUUCACAUGCGAUGUGUGUUCCAAGGAAUUCAGAUGGAGAGCGUCUCUUCGGAAACAUUUAGAAAGACAUCGUAUAGAGAGUGGACAGAAGAGGAAACCAUAUUGCGAGCCUUGCAAAAUCUACUUUGCGACAACGUCAAAUUUGAAGAAACACGUGCGCGCUAGCUCUAAACAUCAAAUACAACUUAAACUACGCAAAAUUAAUAAUUCUACAAUGCCCGUGGAAGAAAAAGAUGGCUACAUAAAACAAAUAGAGAGUGUUGUGAACACAUCGCGUCAAAUGUAUGCGUGUGCGCAGUGCGAACGGCGGUUUCAGUGGCGCGGGAAUCUGUUGCGGCAUGUCAACAGUCACAAGGCGAGAGCAUCGGGAGAAUUAAAAUGUGUACCGUGUAAUAGAAAUUUCUCAUCUAUCGCAACUUAUCAGCAACAUAUGAAAAUAAGUAAGAAACACGUAACAGAAGAUGACUUCAAAUACAUGUGCAGCGACUGCGGCAAACGGUUCGCGGAUAAAACGCGUUUAAAAGAUCACGUCGAUUGGGAACAUUUGAAGAACUACGUGCAUACUUGUAACGAAUGUAAAAAGGCGUUCAAGACUCGCACUUCUCUCUAUUUACACAAGCAAGUCGUACACCAGAAGGAUAAAAGUGAACAUUUGUGCGAUCACUGCGGCAAACACUUUCCUAAUCAUUCAAAACUGCGUGUACACAUAAGAGCGGCUCAUUCUUCGAUAGCAGCUUAUAAAUGCACUAGUUGCGGCGCCCGGUUCGCCUGGCAUUCCUGUCUCUCGAGACAUGUGAGACGGUUGCAUAAGAAGAGUUUGUGAGAAGAGAUAAGAGGAAAAAGAGUUAUGAAGAGAUACAGAAACUAAUAAAAAAGAAAUUGUAACAGAAAGGGAAACAAACUUAAUGAAAAACGGUAGAUAUAUGCGUCGAUUAUAAAAAGAGUUAAUUUUAAGGAAAUUGUGAGAGAAAGGGAAAAAAAACUCAAAAUAUUUAUUUGUUAUAUUUAAAGUAAAUUGUGUUUUGUGAAGUGUGUAAAAUUGAUUUCUAUACAAAUAUAUACUAAAGGCUUUUUUAAAGUAAUAAAUGGAAUGCAAAAAUGGUUUGAUGAUCCUUGUAAAUAAAUAUAUAUAAUAAUAACUU